GAGGAACGAAGCUCUUCAACCACUGCCACAGGACGGUCCGAACAGAGAGAGAAGCGCUUUGACGGACCACCAUGUCGGCAACGCUGCUCUCGCGGGUGCUGCCUGUGCCUGUGGGCGACGAAGUAGUCGAGCUGUCGCUGGAUGACCUGCCCGUCGACAUCGAGGACUAUGUCCAGGUGCUGCGCGAAGAACGGUCGGCAGGCCACUUUUGGAUGAAGCUGGCGUCCGAGUGUGGUGCUCGCAAGCGGUUGCAGGACUGCGAAAUGGUGCUCCAGUCGGCCAUUCAGACCCUCUCGAUGGAUCCCAGGCAGGGAUACCGACCCAGCCAGGCGUCUGCCGAGGAGUGCGCCCCCUUUCACGCCAUGCUUUCUACUCUCUACCUCGCCCGGGCUCGGCCCAACCCCAAGGUCAUCCUGCCCGAGGCCAAGUUCCAAAAUCUGACGACAAACGCCACCAUCGAGCCAAAGGAGCGUCAGCAGCAAGCGGCGGCCAGCCACGCGCAGAGCGCGGCCGUGGGAGCGGUGCCGCCCAUGAUGAAGGGCCGGGCGACUCUGCGACACGGCGUCCUCCUUGGCAGGGGCAUCUUCUUGACUGUCACCGGGCGCACCGACGAGGCGCUCAAGGCGUUUGACGAUGUUCUCCGGUUCCAAGCCCGGAACCCAGCGGCUUUGAUGGGCAAGGCGUGCUGCCUGCUGCGGAAACGGGCAUACGCCAACGCGCUCAAGAUUUACCAGGAGGUCUUGGCCAUCAGCCUCGCACAGAACGCGAGGGCUGCCCAAGAAGCUGCCACUGCCGCCGCUGCCGAUGGUGAUGCGGCACAUAACCCCGCUUCGAAGUGGCUCGGCCCCGACCCACGCGUGGGCAUCGGUCUGUGCCUCCAUGGUCUCGGCAAGCUCGCCGAAGCGCGCCGUGCCUGGGCGAGGGCGAUCGCCGUCGAUCCGAAAAACCCGUCCCCUCACCUCCUUCUGGGCCUCUCAAAGCUCAAUGCUGCCAAGCAGCUCGCCAGGCUACCUCGCGACCUGAUGCGAGGCGGCGUGACCGAAGUACAGGCCCGCGCAGCUGUCUACAAGGAAGGAUUGGCGCAUGUAGAGGCAUCGUGGAAGCUCGACAACAAGGUCGCCAUGACGGCCAUUGCCCUCGCGGAGCACAUCACUGCAAGAGCCGUGGCGACUGCCGCGACGAACCGGGAGGCCGCGCAGAAGGAGUUUGGACGAGCCCUCAAGCUUGGUGAACAUGCCAUUCAGUACGCCGAUUCUAAAGCGGCCGUUCUGCAGGCUUGGCUCGUCUUUGCUCGCACCGCCCACCUCUGCAGCUACUCAUCGCAGGCCAGUAGCGGUGCCGUGGCCGAUGAGAUCGAGCUGAGGAGUCUCGCUCAGCGCUACUACGGCCGCGUCAUCGAGGACUACAGCCGCGGACCGCCAGGAGGCGGUGCUGGACCUUCAGCAGAUGCAAGCAACAGUUUGGCGCCUGCCCACGCCCUCGCCGCUCUCGGACUCGCGCAGCUCCAGGUGGCCAGGGGCGAAGCACUCGGUGCCAAGAACACGCUGGAAGGAAUUCUUUCGCGGCCGGCUUCCACCUCUUCAUCCUGCAUCGAGCUCUCGCUCCUCUCGGCUGCCGUUCGCGCCCAGUCGCACCCUGGUGCUACUGCAGCGGAGAAGCAAGCGGAUCAAGAUAGGGCCAGGAUCCUCCUUGAUCGGACUCUGCGCAGCGUGGAAGCUGCACGGGCAGAGACACGCGGUGCUCGACCCAGCGACGACCUCGAUGUCGUCAUUCAAACCUUGGCGCUGGCAGACAAGGCGGACCAGGCCAUCAACGGAUCGGACGACAGCCUGGCUCCCGGCCUGGCCAUUGCUCGGACAGCGUUGGGAACAGAGAAGUUGGGCAAACUCGCACUCAAGGAGCUGGCACUGCUGGGCGACGAUGUCCUGGCGCACGUCCAGAUGGCCGAUCUCGUUCGAGCAGGCGGGCCACAGGACCUGUCACGAGCUGUUUCAAGCUACGUGACUGCGCUCCGGACGCUCCGAGUUAAGCAGCUGGACCUGGGAGGCGAGGAGCUGGCCUUGAAAAAAGGCCAGGAACUCGCCGAGGCAGAACAGCUUGCGGUGCGUUUGCGAGCUAAUCUGGGCGCCCUCUUGGGUCUGCGCGGCAUGGAAGAGCACUCGCCGCAAGCUUCGUUGAGGUGCCUCACUCUGGCUGUGUCCCAGCUUCAGGAAGCCUUGAGUGGAGCAGGUCGAGCCACGACCUCUGCCUCGCUCGAUGCCGAGAAGACUGUGACGCUGUACAACCUCGGUCGAGUAUUGGAGCUGACGGGCGCAUUCGACGACGCACGCAAGGCCUACGACGCCGUGCUCACGAAUCAUCCCGAGUACGUCCACGCAAAGACGCGCCAGGCCCUUCUCCUCGCUUCACAAGAAGCAUCACGCGGCGUCAAGGCGGCGACGCAGAUGGCCAACACCCUUUUCAAAGAGGCACUCAAUUCCGACCCAGCCGACAUUGACACACGCUCGACGUAUAUCUGCUUCCUUGCCGGCGAGCUUCCGGGCAGUCCGGUGCCUCCGCAGUGGGACGGCAUCAAGGAGACCAUUGCGCAACUGUUCAUUGGCCCCAACAGCCCCCAGGCAGCGAGCCUCUUUGGCGGUGCUACGGCGGCCAGAGCCGUAUCAGACGAGGCGCGACACGACCCGUAUACGCUGGCCAGCCUGGGAUGGACAUACUACAACAUUGCUCACUCGCUCAAGCCUGGGCCCAAUCAGCGCAAAGAGCGGACACGGGCCCUGCUCCGUGCCGUCGACCUGAUGGACAAGGCUCUCGCUGCCGACAGCCGAUGCGCAUUUGCCGCACAGGGCCUCGCCAUUCUCAGUGCCGAAGGCUCUCUUCUGGACUUGGGUCUUCCCCCCAACACGACGCUGUCCAGCCUGCCCGAUGCAGAUGUGCGCCGCAAGAAGGGCGCCGACGAUGCGAUCAAUCUGCUCGGCAAGCUGCGCGAGGUGCGGGCCGAUGGCGACGAUGGGAGCGUCAACAUCUGCAUGGGCCACGCCUUUAUGGUCAAGGAGGACUACGAGCGGGCCCUCAAGUCCUACGAACUGGCACACCGGCGUCAUCUCUCUUCUCAACAGGACAACAACAAGGAGGAGGCAGCCGAGGGCAAACCGUCGAUCUUGCAGUACAUGGCCAGGGCAGAGUACUGGCUCGGCCAGCGGACAAAGUCGUACAAGACGACGGCCCACUCGCUCGUCUACCUCCAGGAAGCGCUCGAUGUGCUGCAGAAGCGCGCCUCCGAAGCGGGCGGAUCAGCCGGCGCGGCGGGCGGCAUGCUGCAGGAGAUCAAGUACGUGCGGUACAACAUGGCGGUGACGCGGCAAAAGGUGCUGCAGAUGCUCUUUGACGCCAGCAUCGAGUCGAGGAGCCUCGAAGAUCUGCAGAGCGCCGUGAGCCAGCUCGACGAGGCGCAACGAACCUUUGGCGAGCUCGUCGACGAUGCCCGGGCCGGCCAGCUGAGCUACAUUACCGCAGAAAUCGUCGAGCAGCGGCAAAUGUACGGCGAGACGUCGCUGGUCAGGGGUGCAGAGAGGCACGUGCAGGAGCAGGCCGAGUACGAGGAACGGACAAAGGCGGAGAGGGAUGCGGUUGCGGCGCGCAAGCGUGAGCGGGCCGAGAAGGAGGAAAAGGAGAGGGCCGAGAGAGAGGAGCGGGACAAGGAGGAGAGGGAGCGGAUCAAGGAGGAGAGAAAGAAGGCGCUCGAGGCGGCACGAGCGUGGGAGUACCUCCGCGAGGAUAUGCUGGCAGAAACCGAAAAGAAAAAGAGAAGCUCUGGAGGAGGCGGCGGAGGCGGAGGUAGGCGUGGUGGAAAGAAGGGAGCAGGGAGGAAGAAGAAGACCGAGGAAGGUGGCAGCGAGAUUGAGACGAGUGAUAGCGAGCGCGACGUUGGAGGCCCGCUGGAUGAGGAAGAGGACGACCCAAACAUCGUCAGCGACCACAGCAGCCAGGAAGGAGAUGGUGGGCUGACGGAGAGCGAGGAAGAGGCCGUCGCGAGUGGGGCCGAGAGCGAGGGAGAAGAGGGAGAGGACGCAGCAGCGAGGCGGGCUCGAAAGCUCAAGAAGCUCAGCGACAAGAAGAGGCGAAAGGAGGAGAAGAAGGAUCGCAAGAGGAAGAAGAAAGAGCGGAGAGAGAGCGGCGGCGGAGGCGAGAAGAGAAAGAAGAAAAAGAAGAAGCCGUCGACAGACGCAGCAGGGUCAGACGACGAGGAAGAGGGAGAGUCUCGGCCGUCAAAGAAGCAAAAGAAGCAAAAGACCAAGAGGCCCACCAAGGAAGACGACCUCAUCGACUCAGACGAAGAGAUUCUUUGAUCAUCGCUCCUUCAUCAUCAUCAGCUCGCUCUGGCCAUCAUCUUGUGUAUGUGCGUGUAAAAUUGCCUGAUAAAAUCAAUCUUUCGAUACAUGAUGGUGGAGUGACGUUGCAAUCAUCUAGUAGUAGUGAAACG